GUGACGUACUAGUGUUUUGAAUCGUGCAGGCUAACCACCGGCAGCACGGAUAGCAAGCAAACACCAUCCCCUUCACACAUUUGGGGGUAACUGUGAGCUUCAUGUCCCUAUAAUAUCUGCCACAAAGGAGAACGCAAUGGAACUCCACAAAAUCAUCCACAGUGUGAUGUACGAAUUUAUUCAGGCUUACAUUCCUGACGCAGAUCUCAGCACACUGGAUGAUGUUCUUCUGUUUUACAUCACUGGAGUCCUGGAGGAUCUGGGCUCCGAGCAGAGUGUUGAGGAGAACUUAGACGUGGAGGACUUUGCAGAAAUGCUAGAAGCUUACAUACCUGGCUUUGCUGAAAUUGACAGUGUCAAGGUCUGUGAAAUGAUGUUCAAUCUAGCCUCAAAACUGGCAACUGCUCGGACCUCAGAAAUUGUUGAGCUUAAGGCAAGGACAGAAGAGAUUUCCUUGAAACUCCCCACCCUGCCCAGUGAACCUCCACCAGCGGAAACGCAGUGCCUUAAAACACAGACAGAGGGCGCCACUGCCAAGCAACCAGUGUCUAAGUGGGAGUCCCAGGAGCAGCAUCUGUUGGAAAUGUUUCCAAAGUGCAGUCUGUCCGAUGCUCGCAGCGCCCUGUGUAUUGCCAAAGGAGACAUCGAGGAAGCUGUGCGCCUUAUCAUAGAGGGCGACGUCCAACUCAGCCAAACUCCUCUUAACGUAAACCCCGGGAAGAGUAUUUCCUCAGUGCCAGACGAAAAACUUAAAGAGAACAUCCUUGAGAAGUACAUGUUGGUUGACAGGGAUGAGGAUAAAAAAACACACAGGCCUUUGCCCCCUAAAGAGGCUCCGAAGAAGCUAGUUCGGUACCACGGUAACCAGGUGGUAACCACAAAAGGAGAGCGCUAUCAGCUGGUGAAGAAAGACGAUGAAGAGGACAUGAAGAAGACGUAUGUCAACCUGAAGCCUGCACGAAAGUACAGAUUCCAUUGAUGAUGAGCACAACAGUGAAUACAGUGCUGGGAAAAGGCUCGGUCAAUCCUUGAGAAUGGGACAAUUUGUUGUGCUACGAAAUGGUUUUUAAAUAAAAAAGUAUUUUCUGAAACUUUUUUUUAAUGCCAAUUUGUACAGGGGCUAUCUUCAGCAUUCCUCACCUAAGAAUGUAUUUAUGGUUGCCCUGAGUUAGGGAUUUAGUUGAAAGGUUACUUAAAUUGAACCCACAGUUUAUUUUACUAGAAUAACACCAUCAUUUCAGUACUGAGUGUCGACCCAAAACAACGAUUAUCUGGAUAACGUUGCGAACAAAUCUGUGUUUUUUGUCAAUUUGUUCCAGAUUUUAGCAAAAAUAUUCAGAUAGCUUUUUCAGGAGAUCUAUGGUGAACAAGGUUGUGGGCUUUGGAGGCGGAUAAGUUCAACCUUGAAUUGUCCUCAUCACAAUUAGCUCUGCUGCUAACACUCGAAGUCCUGAUUAAAUGCUAAUUAAUUUUCUAGCACAACAAAUUCAAGUCUCAAGAGGUGCAGAAACUGUUACAGCACUAUAAUGUUUGACAUAUUAAAAUGGAGCACUGUGGUUGCCCGCUAAAUGUUAAGCGAAACAUGCUGCCGAAGGACUUGAUUUUGAAGUUCGUUCCAAUAGAAUUAUCUCUAUUUUUAGUAAAGCUGUUUAGAAUUGCUAAUUCUCCAAUCAAGUAUCUAUUGUGAAGAGGGCCGUUGUGUGCUUUAAGGGUCUGUUAACAUGAUGUUGGCCCUCUAUCACAGCUCCUCUCAUCUCAUUUGUGUUGUGAAUUUAGCUUCGCUUGUAAUUGUUGGUUGUGGAUAUUUUGAUUACGAUUGGUUUCUCUUUUUUUUUUUGUCAGUUGUUUUGGGAUAAAUGCGUUAGUCAGAAGGUUUUUCUGGGUUUUUUCCAAACAUAUACCGUUGUUUUUUGUUGUGUUCCACUGUACAACUAUAACUGGCAACUAUAAGUAUUGUUUUUGAUUGGUGGUUUUUCUGAGGUAGUUGUAAUGCAAUGAGUGUUGAAAAGAUGUGUUGUUACUGCAGCAAACGUGUCUUUAGUUACUUUAUGAAGCUCCCAAGUCAAGUUUUUUCAGAGUUUGAACACUGCGCUACGAGAAAACUAACGCACUAUUUGUAGUAAAUAAAUACUAAUUUUUGUAUA